UCAAUAUUUUAAUUUUAUUUUUAUUUAAUAGGAGUUUUAGAUGGCAGCAAAGAUGAUUUUCAAUCUUCAGAAGAAGUUUACGACGCUCUCGGCGAAAUGUUACACGAAAUUAGUGCCGGCAGCAAGGACAAAACUGAAAUUAUAGACAUUUGUGAGAAGUUAUUAAAAGCAGUGAAGCUUGAAUCGGACGGAGGUAACGAAGAAACGGAGCAUAAAAUUCUUAACGCCCCCAUCCAUCUCGGGAAAAUGGCAGAAGAAUUUGAAACUAGAUCCGAAGAAGUUAAAAGUAUUUGGAUGAAGCAGAGGGAUCCCAUAUCGAAUUUGGGCUUUCAACCGAUAGUUUUUGUGUGUAAUCUAUCAUUUAUAAAACAAUUUUUUUCCUGCUUUUCUGUAAAGUAAGAACUAUUGCUACUAUCUACAUAUGUCUAAUGGAAAAGAAAGGAGAAUAAGGUUUUCGGAUGUCAAUUAAAUCAAUAAAUUUACCACAAGAUGAUGGCAUAACCGCCUACUUCUAGCCAAAUUGAUUUAUAUCUAAUUAUUUACUAGCCUCGAUAUAGCCCGAUACAUAGCCUGGUAAAUCAUUUGACAAAUUUGAAAUAAGUCAAUUGGUUUGUAUAAUGUUAAUUUUCGGUAACUUUUCUUCUUUAUGCAGCUCCCUAACACGGAGACUUUCUGAGCUGUAGUGUAAGGCAUUUUCAGUUACCGAAAACACUUAAUUAAAUAACAAUAAUGAGUUCAUACUAUGCUCGUGAGUCAACGGCGCAUGUGAAAUCGGUCGGAUGACGUUAACUCAGGAUAUGUAGGGUGCUUUGCACUAUUUUUUCCGAGUUCUUUCAUUUGAUUGUCUAGCAUAUACAUAAAAAUUUUAAUGUAAAGUGAAUUUCCCAUCAAAAAACGCUGCCGU